UUCUUCACCUUCUUAUCAGCAUUAUGUGUGGUUCUUCAUCUUGUAGCAACGGCCCUGUCAGGUCUAAGCUGUGCAGAGCUUCAACUAUUAACAGGAUGUACAAAGCAUCCUGGUACCUUAGUCUGUUACUGCUGUACCUCAUCACUUCCAUGUACCCCCACCGAAAACGCAAUCUCGGUAGAGGGUGUCAAAGAUUGUUCCAUUAUCUCAUCUACAAUACGACUUGUGAUGUUCGUCAUCUGUGUCGCAAAUAUAGUAGCAUGUCUCAUCUGUAUAGCAGCUACUAUUGUUGGAUGUGCGUAUAUUGUCAAGAGGCAUUCUAAUAGAAGGAUGGUAUUACGAAGGCCUCACCACACAGGCAGUAUAGCAAGAGAUUCUUAUAUAAGUGACAUAGGGGGUGUAAUAGACCCUGUGUUUACCCCUCCUUUGGUACCACCACCCCCAUACUCCCCACCUGAAUACACAGAGAUCUCAAAUGAUCCCAUCAUCAUAGAAGGUCCAGAUUUCUUAGAUGAUCUCUCAACACCCACACCGGUCCUACCUGUAGCGCCUCAUGAGAUGCCCCCUCCGUAUUCAACAAUCAACAUCCUUCCUGGUACAACAAUAGAAUGUUCCGUUGCUCAGGAAUUUCAGGUGACAAAUGAAGAGGUAGGCAAUCACUUUCACUUUCUUUCAAUUUUCUUAUUGUCACAGUUUUGGUUCCUGAAUAAACUUUCAACAUUCUUUUUUUUUCAUGAAUGGUAAUUUAGCAUCAUAAAGGCCUGAUAUUUGUUCUCCCACUUAAAGGACAAGUCCACCCCAACAAAAAGUUGAUUUGAAUCAAAAGAGAAAAAUCAAACUAGCAUAACACUGAAAACUUCAUCAAAAUCGGAUGUAAAAUAAGAAAGUUAUGACAUUUUAAAGUUUCGCUUAAAGGGGUGGUCCAGGCCAGGUUUAAUUUAUAUCCACUAGAUAGACAAAAACCUUCUCUUUCCUAUACUAUAUUUUUUUUAAGAAAUAAGAGGCACAGUUAUUUUUUAUUGAAUUUUCAAUUUUGCCAAAAUCAUAUUCUGGCACGAGUCUGUACGAUCCCAGAAUGCAAUGCGCAGCUUUUUCUGUGACGUAGCAUCUCCACUUUGGCUUCGCUGGCUGCUGCUACGAGCGCGAGCGAGCUAGCUAGCUAGCUAGCUAUCGCUCGCACGUAUGCGUAUUGAUCAUCAGCGCCGGCUGCAUACGUACGGUAUUAGCUACAUGUAGUUUUCGACUUGCAUUGAUUGUGGCCACCGUCGACCCUGUAAUUCACAAUUUGUUUGUUUCUCGCCGUUUAUUUCAUAAUUUGAACAAUUAAUAUGUCGGGUCCUGCGGGAUAUGCAUUCCAACCAAGGUGGAAUGCGGAAGAGUUGGAGAACCGUCGAAGAAUAGAAGAAGAAGAGGUCGAGUGGGGAGAAAUGACUGAUGUCGGUGCGGGAACUGCCCGGUGAUGCCGACGGCCAGAGAGAGCAUUUGGUCCUCGCAAACGACUCUACUCGCGUUAUAUUUGUAUGUUUUUAUGUCAAACUUGUCAGUCCCAAUAAUUUUAUUGUGAAGCCACUGGGCACAUCUCUCUCGAUCUCGGAUCGGAUUUGGUAUAGAAAACGCACUUUUAUGGUUAUUUUCUCCCGGCCGAACCGAGCAGCCGUAUGCCUGACACAUAGGCAUAUUGCAGCUGUGCAGUGAGACGUCGCGCGCUGGAUUGUUGCGAAACCAAAGUGGAUAUGGUACGUCACAGUCACGUGACCGAUCUCGCUACAUGUGCGCGAAAUUUAAUUCUUUUUGCCCCAAAUAACCGUUACAAGAAAUGCUCUUAAAAAUCUUCAAAGUCGAGUAAGGAGAUAAUACUUUUUGAAAUGGCUCCUGUAAAUAUUUACUACGGGCUAAAUAUUUUUUGGAGCUGGCCUGGACCACCCCUUUAAUUUCACAAAACAGUUAUAUGCACACCCUGGCUGGUAUGCAAAUGAGGAGACUAUGACGUCAUCCACUCACUAUUUCUUUUGUAUUUCAUUAUAUGAAAUAUGAAAUAUUCUAAUUUUCUCCUCAUUGUCAAGUGAUACAAAGAUUAAUUUCUCCCUGAACAUGUGGAAUUAGCAUUGUUUAAUACUAUAUGGUUCAGUCAAGUUGGUCCUUAUUGUCAAAUCUAUAAAACAUGAAAUAUUGUAUAAUUC